AUGAAACAAAGUUUGAACCAGGAUUAUGCCGCCUGUGCUGCCAAACAGAAAAAAAACAGAGCCGCUAUGCGGGAUCUUGAACGUUGGGGAGGAGACACUAAUCGAACCGCCGCCAUCGAACAAGCACGCCUUCAGAUGGAAGAAGUUGCCGACCAGAUCCAUCGCACGAGAGAGCAGCAUGACUGCAGGGUGGAAGUUGCACAACAAAGUAUUCCGGUGGAAUCUAAAACGACUGUAGAUCAUCUUUCAUCUGAACUGGUUACAGAUUCAGUUGUGGGCACAGAUAACGACCCCGGCGUUGCUGGUGUAACUACCGACGAAAUCCAGCCAAUCCGCCCACUCACCACGAUUCUCCCAGACGCACCAGUUUUCUUUGGAGAUCCCACCCAAAGCAGCUUCAGAGUAGACCGCGAUGAUAUCGAUGAUGACCUCAGCAGUGAUGGCUCUGGUAGCUGUAUGUCUUCAUCUACUGCCCCUACUUCAGUAUCUGGUGGAGGGGGGCCAGGACAACGUGAAGCGAAUGAGGCCUUCAUCGACCUUCUCUACAAUACUGUGGACUUGCGAAAGCUCAUACAUCCAUCCCUAUAUGGGAAAGAGACGGAUCGCAAACAACUAGUGGGCAAGCUUCGAAAGCUACUGAAGCUAUUCGGACAAGAUUUGGAGGCUGAAAUACGCAGCUCGGAAUCAACCCGAAUGGGCGUUUUUUUCAGAAAGUCAUCCAAACAACUGUCUUCUGAGAUUAUCAUUGGGCUGUCGAAAGAAGAAAGAGGAUAUGAAGAAAGAGUGCCUAGAGAUAGGGAAAUUGACGCGGUAUCCGAAGACGAUGAGCUAGUUGAAUCUGAUUCUGGAGAUGAAGCAGAUAUUCGGCCCAACAUGCCCGGCCUCAAAAGCUUGAUUGCCUCAACAAACUCUUUUUGCGCAUUUAUCACGCGUUUAGUUGACUUCGUCGAUCCGUCUUUUGAGGCACGGCUAAAACGACUGGCCAAGUCAAAGACCAAAGGAAUGAACGGUUCUGACAUUCAUCACAUCACAGAGGUGGUAUCAGAACUCUCAUACUCAAAACCAAAAACCAUCAACUUGUCGGAAUAUGAGGGGAUAUCAUGGAUCCGCAAGUCUAUGGCUUCUCUCAUGGCGGCGCUUCCGGGUGAGUGGGAUUGGUGGCCGCUGAAUGAGCCCCGACGACAGCCGCUACCCAAUUGUGCUACACUCACUUGGACUUGUGUAUGCGGAGAUAUCCGAAGAGAAGUUGUUCCUAAAACAUUCGCAAGGGGCGUGAUCAAGAUCAGAGAACAGACACUACCUAUGUCAUCUCCACCAUGUACCGCACCACCGGAAGUCUCUAUGGCUGAUACCAAACCAUCUCCCACUCCAUCUGGCAGCCAUAGCUUACAUAUCUAUCCGCAAAAGUCAAUGCAAGAUCCUACACCUUUCACUCGGACUUCUAUUGUAUCAGACGCUCUUCCGGUAACAAUAUCGAUGCCAUCAACAAGUCGCUACAUUAUGUUCUUUGUUAACUCUGGAGGGUUGCAACUAAGACCCAUUGAGUCCAAGUCUCUAUGUAACGAGCAGCUCUUCUGUCAAUUGAGAGCUGAGUAUCGGCAAGCCAAGGGCUGGUUCAAGACAUGGUUCGGUCUCAUGACAUUUUCCCAUUGUGACUUCCACCAGGCCCAGGUCCAUGACAUACUUGUACCACAGCUGACGUAG